UGAUGUCUGAAUUUUAAAUUUGGCUCUAGGAGAAUCGCAAACAGAUAUCAAUAGAUUUGGGUGCAGGAACAGUUAGUGGAAUGUAUCUUUAUAUUUGGAGCAAGCUUUAAUUGUUUAUUUGGACAUCCAAUGGAUACUUUGAAAGUGCGAAUGCAAAUGUCAAAAGAGAAUUUCUGGAGAUCAAUAAUAAAAAUAAUAAAAAAUGAGGGGAUAUUAGCAUUUUAUAAAGGGAUGACUUUUCCUUUAUUAUCUGUUCCUUUUUUGAAUGCUAUAGUAUUUGCUGUUUAUGAAUAUUCACGAAGAUAAUUUACAGGAUAUAAUGAUAAUGGAAAACCUAUGACUUAUUUUUAGACGUAUAUAAUAUAUAUGAAUUAUAAUAGUGCAAUUUGUGGAGGUAUAUCUGGAAGUUGUGCAGCAACAUUAGCAUGUUCAAUUGAUUUAACAAAAUGUAGAUUACAAAUGUAGAUGGAUAAUGCACAUAAAUUAUAUAAGAAUCCUUUUGAUUGUUUAUUGAAGGUAGUUAAAUAAAUAAAUAUAUCUAGAUUGCAAAAUAAGAAGGAUUUAGAUAUAUAUUUAGAGGGAUGAAUGCAACUUAGUAAAGAGAAAUCUUGGGAUAUAGUGCAUAAUUUGCUACAUAUGAAUUUGUUAGAGAUUAAUUGAUGUGGUUGUAAGAUAAAGGUGAACCAUCUUCUCAUGAUUUGCUAAUUUCUGGAGGAUUAGCAGGAAUGGCAUGUUGGGUAGUUGGAUAUCCUUAAGAUGUAUUAUUAAUUAGAAUAAUAAUAGACGAUUAAGACUAUUUUGUAAUGUGAAAUGGGUACAAAAACAAGAAGAUUUAAACCAAGAUUCCUUGAUGGAGGUUUUUUUGAGUGUCUAAAAUAUAGGAUAAAAAGUGAUGGAGUUCCGUCUUUGUGGAGAGGAUUUUCAGCAUGUAUGUUAAGAGCCUUUUAUGCUAAUGCAAUUGGAUUUUAUGCUUAUGAAAUCUCUAAAAAUUAGAUUUAAAAGUUUUAUGCAUGA